AAGAUGCACCUUAUCGUUCUCCUUGCUGUUCUAAGUUCAGCUGCUGCAACUGUGUUUCAGCAUUCGCUCAUGUGGCGAAAGCCUAGAAAACCGUCAUUUCUCGCCAUUAUCAUCGACACAUUUCUAUACGGCAACUAUGAGUUUGUCGGUAACAUCACAAUAGGCACACCCGAUCACGAGUUCGCUGUCAUACUUGACACGGGAUCGGCCAAUCUUUGGAUUCCCGGAAUUUCUUGCAGUUCCUUAUGCGAUCUGAAAAGAAGGUUUGCACCAUCAUCAUCAAGUACUUUUAUCAAGAGUGAAAUGGGCUGGAAAAUCCAUUACAGAUCCGGAGCCACCGAGGGAUUUUUUGAAAGUGAUUUUGGUGGAAGUACGGAGCAGCAAAUAGCAAUUCCGAACACCACUUUUGUGCUAGUGAUAACGCCACCACUCAUCAAUGCCAUCUACCAAAUAAUCCCACUACUUAUCAAAAUCUUCCAAAACUUGCUCGAUCAACCACUGUUCACUGUUUGGGUGGAACAACGAGGAACUCCUGAGAGAACACCUGAAAGCUUAUUCACGUACGGUGCAAUUGACACCGUGAAUAGUGGACCAUCGUAUUGUCUAAAAACUUUUGCAUUUCAGAUUUCCGGAAUUGGAAUGGGAGGGUACUGUCACUCAAAGGUUUACGAAGCUAUUUCCGACACCGGUACUACAUUCAUCGUUGGGCCAAGAAUGGUUACGGAUCGCCUUGGUGAAGCUGCUAGAGCUUCAUAUAGUCCUGCUGAGGAGUCAUACUUAAUUCCUUGUAAUGCAACACCAGGCUCUGUUGACAUUGAAAUCGGCGGGAACAUCUAUUCAAUCCAAUAUAUUAACUACAUUGUUAGCGUAAACAAGCGUUUAUUAUACAUCUUUCCCCACGAAAGUGCCAGCUUCGGGCCAACUUGGGUUCUCGGCAAUCCAUUCAUUCGUCAGUUCUGUACCAUUUACGACAUUGGAUAUAGCCGUGUAGGAUUCGUGCCUUCGCUUAAAAAGUAG